GAGGGCUGAGGGUCUCGGCGGCCCGCGGAGCCUCCCACCCGCGUCCAUAAGGCUUUGCCUUUCCAACUUCAGCUACAGUGUUAGCUAAGUUCGGAAGGAAGACAACGAGGAGACCCGGGCAGUUUCUCUUUUGCCGUUUGCCAUAGCCGUCGCUGGGGUCCGUCCGGACGAGGCUGUUGGGUUUGCAGCGGUGCCAUCUCCAGUCCCUGGCGCUCGGGUUGGCGAGCACCUCGGCGAGGGCCGAAGCGGCGACGACCGGCAGCAGAAAGCGAGAAAACCAGAUCGCCCGGUGUCAUGAGCAGGGCGGGCGAGCAGAGCCGCCGGGGAGGAUGCUACGGAUCCUUUGCAAACUACCUGACCUCGGCCAAAUUCCUUCUCUACCUUAGUCAUUCUCUCUCCACUUGGGGGGAUCGCAUGUGGCACUUUGCCGUGUCUGUGUUUCUAGUAGAGCUCUAUGGAAACAGCCUCCUCUUGACCGCAGUCUAUGGGCUGGUGGUGGCAGGGUCUGUUCUGGUCCUGGGAGCCAUCAUUGGUGACUGGGUGGAUAAGAAUUCCAGGCUUAAAGUGGCCCAGACUUCCCUGGUGGUACAGAAUGUUUCAGUCAUCCUGUGUGGGAUCAUCCUGAUGAUGGUUUUCUUACAUAAAAAUGAGCUUCUGACCAUGUACCAUGGAUGGGUCCUUACUUCCUGCUAUAUCCUGAUCAUCACUAUUGCAAACAUUGCAAACUUAGCCAGUACUGCUACGGCGAUUACCAUCCAGAGGGACUGGAUCGUUGUCGUUGCAGGAGAGGACAGAAGCAAAUUAGCAGAUAUGAAUGCUACCAUACGAAGGAUUGACCAGCUAACCAACAUCUUGGCCCCCAUGGCUGUGGGUCAGAUUAUGACAUUUGGGUCCCCAGUCAUUGGCUGCGGCUUCAUCUCGGGAUGGAAUUUGGUGUCCAUGUGUGUGGAGUACUUUCUGCUCUGGAAGGUCUACCAGAAAACCCCUGCCCUGGCUGUGAAAGCUGCUUUUAAAGGAGAAGAAGCUGAAAUGAAACAGCUGAAUGUACACAAAGAUACUGAGCCAAAACCCCUGGAGGGAACUCAUCUCAUGGGUGAGAAAGAACCCAACAUCCGUGAACUUGAACACAAGCAAGAGCCCAGCUGCUCUUCCCAGAUGGCAGAGCCCUUCCGCACCUUCCGAGACGGAUGGGUCUCCUACUACAACCAGCCAGUGUUCCUGGCUGGCAUGGGUCUUGCCUUCCUUUAUAUGACUGUCCUGGGCUUUGACUGCAUUACCACAGGCUACGCCUAUACUCAGGGGCUGAGCGGUUCCAUCCUCAGCAUCUUGAUGGGCGCAUCAGCUAUCACCGGAAUAAUGGGGACUGUGGCUUUUACCUGGCUGCGUCGAAAGUAUGGGCUGGUUCGGACUGGUCUGAUCUCAGGAUGGGCCCAGCUCUCCUGUUUGAUCUUGUGUGUAAUCUCUGUAUUCAUGCCUGGAAGUCCCUUGGACUUGUCUGUUUCUCCUUUUGAAGAUACUCGUUCCAGGUUCUUCCAAGGAGAACCAGUGUCCACAACCACCAGAAUACCUGAAACCACCUUCACCACUGAAACGCACCACAUGUCCAACGGGUCUCGUACUGGUGAUGCGAUCCUGGAGAUGAGCACCAAGCCCGUGCCCAUAAUCUCCGUCAGCCUGCUCUUUGCAGGCGUCAUUGCUGCUAGAGUCGGUCUUUGGGCCUUUGAUUUAAGUGUGACACAGUUGCUGCAAGAGAACGUGAUUGAGUCUGAGAGAGGCAUUGUGAACGGUGUACAGAACUCCAUGAACUACCUUCUCGACCUUCUGCACUUCCUCAUGGUCCUCCUGGCUCCGAACCCUGAAGCUUUUGGCUUGCUCGUCCUGAUUUCAGUCUCCUUUGUGGCGAUGGGCCACACUAUGUAUUUCCGAUUUGCCCACAAAACUCUAGGCAGCCAGGUCUUUGUUUGUGGUUCUCAGGAAAAAGAAGUUUCAAAUGAAAAUCAAACCAAUACAUCUGAUGUGUAAGACAGUUUAACUGUUGCUUCCCUGUUACCAGAUUAUAUCGAGCACAUGUGCUUAUUUUGUACUUCAAGAUUCAGUAAAUGCCUGGGUGUUUCUCUCUGGUUUUUCCACAGCUAUGCCUUGAGGGGCUAAGAGCUAUUUAAGGAAAUCUAAAUCAGCAAACAUGAGCUGGUUAAUUUCUCUUACUUUAGGUAUGGAAAAAAAAAAGCAAAUGUUUAAGUAUAGGGAGACCAUCAGUGAAUUUUCCUGUUCUUUGGAGUGGAUGAAGUUUUCCAUUAAACAGUGGUUAAUGUUAUUGUUUGGCAGAUAUUUUAUCUGUACUAGAAUUUGGCUAAGUCACUUUUCCCUAAAGCUCACUCUUGUUCAAACCUGGCUAAUUUACUUGUUUUGAUGUUUUAAAUAUCAAUUAUAAAAAAACAAGUUCUCCAAGUAUGAAGAUUACUGUUUGAUAACCAGUAUUAUCCUUAUUGAUCCUAUUGGUCUUAAGUGAUUUGACAUAUAGAAAAAUGAAAUGCUUAGUUAGAAUUCUCUGAUAACAUUUAUGGUUUAACUUUAGAGAGCACUUUUGUAUUUUUAUUAUCAAAUAAACAAAAUACUGUAUUAUACAUAUGUAGCUCUUCAUAAAAUGGCUAUCAUGUAAGCUACCAGCAGAAGCAAAGCUCUGAAGCAGAUUUCUAAAGCAGUGAAUGUGGGGGGGGUUUCAUGUAAGUAGUUUGGCCGUAGAAACUGGAGGCUGCAAGCUUACACGCGUGAGUGAGAUCCUGAUUUAGCCACACCACAGUCGUUCCUUGCUGUCUCUCAGACUACGAGAGAGUGGGUCUUCAACCUGGCACAUUACAAAGGUAGCCAGCGCUUGGGAAGGUUUUGUUCUAGAAAUCAUUUGAAUUACUUUUAACACACUCGGGUAGAACGUUUUUGCUUUUACUGUUUUAUGCCCAGAUGUUAUCUUUCCAUUGUUCUAGAGCAGGGAUUGUGGAAGAGUUUCCCUUUUAAAUCUCAUUGAAAAGAAUAGACCAAAAGACUUUGGACCUGUUUUAAAAAACUGUUUUACAAGUCUGCUCACAACAUGCCCGUAGCAGCAAAGUACCUUGCCUUAACCUUUCAAGCACUUUCAUGGAGACUGCAAUACAUUGUUAUGUGCACUUUCUUUAUCCUUGAGGUUUAUUCUUUCUAUUCAUCUUUCUACAGUAUGAUGUAAUGAGUUUCU